AUGGACGUCCCCGGGUUCGCCCUGAUUACUGGAGCAGGCUCCGGAAUUGGCAAAGCCUGUGCUCAGGCUUUCGUGGCCGAAGGUAGCGCAGGCGUCGCCCUCUUGGACAUCAACCGCGAGGCCAUAUUGUCGGUGCACAGGGACUUGGAGAUGGAAGUUACGAAACGACAGGAAACCGAGACAGAAAAGCAUGAAAGUUGCAAGAUUCUGUCGUAUGAAGUGGACGUAACAGAUGAAGAGCAAGUCCAUCUGGUCAUCAAGGAGGCAGCAACUCGCUUCGGCAGGCUUGACUACGUCGUCAACGCCGCCGGCAUCAGCAUCAAGCACGCUGGUGGAGCGCCCUUCGUCAUUACCGAAAACUGGCAUCACGUUCUUGACGUUAACCUUAACGGAACCUUCUUCGUUCUCAGAGCGGCUGCGCAAAUCAUGCUGACACAGGACAAAACAUUGUCCUCUAUUGGCCGUAGACCUCUGCAAUGCGGAUCCAUCGUCAAUGUGUCAUCGAUAUUAGGGCAGGUUGCCAUACCCAGCUACACCGCUUACACGGCAUCCAAACAUGCCAUUAUUGGCCUCACACAGUCGGCCUCGCUGGACUACGCCAAACACGGUCUGCGCAUAAACACGAUUUGCCCCGGCUAUACAGAGACCCCUAUGACGCUGAAGCCCGGUACCUGGGGACAAGACGUAGUCGUGGCUUGUGAGUGCGUGCCAAUGCGGCGGAUGGCAGUUCCCAAGGAGAUUGCAGACGGAGUGUUGUUUCUUGCUGGUGGACGAAGUUCAUAUGUUACUGGUUCUGCACUCGUUGUCGAUGGAGGCCAUAACGCGAAAUGA